AUGUUGCUUCCUAAGGGUGGUGUAACGUGGAAGUCGGCCAAAGCCAGGCUGCCCCCAUGGCGGGCUGUUCUGUUCCUGGUCACACGGACCCGGUUUCUUGUAUCAUUGGCCAUCACUGGCCUGGUAAUCCUACUAUGGCGUGGCAUCAGCAAGUCAGCGUCGGAGAUGCAAAGCUUCUACUGCUAUGGCCCUUCGAAAUCGCCGAUGGAAAUGACCAUCAACGAAAUGGUCGAGUGGAGCGCUCACACGCAGACCCCUGUCCUCUUCAACCAUCACGAUCCCUACGAAGUCAAUUCGUCCAGCAUCAAGACCGUCGAUCUGAACCCCAUCAAGUCCACCACCCAGGCUAUUUCGAAUUCUGAGCGGGUUCUCGUCCUGACUCCUCUGAGAGAUGCAUCCGAACAUUUGGUCAACUACUUCAAUCUCCUCUACAAGUUGACAUACCCGCACGACCUGAUCGACUUGGCUUUCCUCGUUGGCGAUUGCAGCGACGACACCUUGGCUGUUCUCACCGCGGAGCUGGCCCGAAUCCAGGAUCAAGUGGAUGAGAAGAUUGCUUUCCGUAGUGCGACCAUUGUCCAGAAGGACUUUGGGGCUGACACCGAGAUGAACGUGGAGGACAGACACUCCUUUGCUGCUCAAGGCCCGCGCCGCAAGGCUAUCGGGAAGGCUCGCAACUACCUGCUCUACUCGGCCCUCAAGCCCGACCAUUCCUGGGUCUACUGGAGGGAUGUUGACAUCUUUGACAGCCCCGCUAGCAUCAUUGAGGACUUCAUCGCUCAUGACCGGGAUAUUCUCGUUCCGAACAUUUGGUUCCACCGCUACCGGGAUGGUGUUGAUGUUGAGGGUCGAUUUGACUACAACUCCUGGAUUGAAUCCGACAAGGGACGCCGACUCCGCCAGACUCUCGACCCGGACACUGUUUUGGCUGAAGGCUACAAGGAAUAUGACACUGGCCGGACCUACAUGGUUGGCAUGGGUGACUGGAGAAAGAACAAGGAUGAGGAAGUCGAGCUGGACGGCAUUGGCGGUGUGAACAUCCUGGUGAAGGCCGACGUUCACCGUUCCGGUAUCAACUUCCCGGCGUACGCUUUCGAGAACCAGGCCGAAACCGAGGGAUUCGCCCGCAUGGCUAAGCGCGCCGGCUACCAGGUGUAUGGGCUGCCGAACUACGUUGUCUGGCACAUUGACACGGAAGAGAAGCCUGGCAACCUCGGGGACCGCAAAGCAUACUAG